AUGGAUGUUGUCGUACUCUCUGAAACAAAGAAGAAAGGCCAAGGAGAAGAAGAACUGGAUAAUUAUGUACAUAUCUGGAGUGGGGUAUCAAAAGCAGUAAGAGCGAAAGCAGGAGUCUCCAUUAUGAUAAAGAAAUCAUGGAAAGAAAGAUUCACAAACUGGACAUUCAUCAAUCAACGUAUUAUAACUGUUGAAAUGACAUUAUUUGCUAGGGAAGUUGUGAUUAUUGGCGUAUAUGCACCCACGAACGACACAAAAGAUAAGGAGAAAGAGGCAUUUUGGGACACCCUCAGGGAGACUAUUGAAAAAAUCCCAAGAAGAAAGGAACUGAUUAUCAUGGGAGAUCUGAAUGGAAGGGUAGGAAUUAGAGAAUCUUGUAGAAUAGUAGGAAAACAUGGAGAGGACGAAUGUAAUGACAAUGGGGAACGAUUGAUUGCAAUUUGUGAACAAUUUGAUCUAAAAAUUACCAACACAUUUUUCAAACAUAAGGACAUUCAUAAAUAUACUUGGCAACAGAACACCAAAGAACUUCGUUCUAUAAUAGAUUAUAUUAUCAUUAGGCAAACAAGUAGUUUCAAAGCAGUAGACGUCAGAUCUUAUAGGGGAGCCCAGUGUGGAUCAGACCACUAUCUAGUUAAAAUGAAGUCUUUCUGGCCAUGGAAGAAUGCAAGGAGUGAUACAAGUAACAUAAAUAAAACAAACCAGAUUGAGAAAGAUGAAAAUUUACCUUUUAAUAUUGACAGCCUACAAGACGGAAGUAUCAGAACACUCUUUGCGGCCAGGAUGGAAAGGAAACUGGUUGAAUCAUUUGAAGGAAGUACAGAGGAAAUAUAUGACUAUAUAAAAGCUAAUGUGAAAAUCAUAGCAACGGAGGUGUUGGGUAAAAAAGAUAGCAACCACAACCGUGCAGCAGAGUGGUGGUCAGAGGAACUAGAGGUCCUCAUUAGAGAAAAACGAAAUGCGUUCCUUCAGUGGUUGAAUGAUAAAUCAGAAGAAACAAGAUCAAUAUACAAGGAAAAGAAGAAUGAAGUGAUGAAAAAAAUAAGGAUGGCAAAAAAUGAAGCAUGGGAAAGAACAUGUGCCAAGGUGAAUAGCAAAUUAGGAUUUGGGAGAGCAAAAGAAGCGUGUUGUGAUACUUCACCUUUAAAAUGA